GGGGCUCGUUACUGCUCGGUACUGCGGCUCAAUAUUGCUGACGUGGCUCAUUCUGAUUGAUAUCCAGAUGUACAGCUGAUGUCGGCAUCACACGGAAUAAUGUCUCCUUCUGUUGGGCAAAGCAAGUGUUGGUCCGAUGCUGGUGGGUGUCCUCGCUAGUUUCCAUCAAGGGAUUUGUUACACCGCCAAACGCUCCUUUUAAAGUGGCAGCGGAUAUAUACCCGUUCCAAAAUAAAUUAUAUUUUUAUUAUUGUGUUUUUUAUUCUGACAUAAACCAACUUAUUUUUCUUUCAAGAAGCAAAAUUGAUUUCUCUGUCCUCCGCUUUGGUCGACUGAGAGACGCCGAGGGCCACCCCGCACAGGCAGAGACGGGUAUAAAGAAAGAAUGACUUGGCUAUCAUCCCAUAAAGGGUGAGGGAGGAAGAAGGGAGUGAGACCGUACUUAUGAAGAAGAAAAACAAAGUACACUAACAAAGAAAGGAGGACAGAAAGGAGCCAUUUUUUUUUCCUUUGCUUCUUCUCUUUUUCUGUCCAUAUUAUAUCCAAAGUUCCCUCUUUUGUUUAUUCUGUUUGGCUAAUUGAAAAUCUUCUAGUAGAAAGCGAGUUUUCAGCUAUGUUGGGCUGUGGCUCUCCCUCAAUUGAUGUUGAGGACGAGUAUGCGAAGCUUGUAAUCCGAAUGAACCCACCAAGGGUUUCAAUCGAUAACAAUACCAGCAAGAGAGCCACCUUAAUCAAGGUGGACAGUGUUAAUAAGCAUGGGAGCUUGUUGGAGGUUGUGCAAGUCUUGAUUGACCUAAACCUAACUAUUAAAAGAGCAUACAUUUCCUCUGAUGGAGAGUGGUUCAUGGAUGUUUUCCAUGUUGUGGACCAACAAGGGAAUAAGCUCUAUGAUAAUGAAGUCAUUGAACUGAUUCAACAGUCACUAAGUUCAAGAGGAUCUAGCUUCAGAUCAUUGAGGCAGUCAGUAGGAAUCCAAGCAGCUUCGAAGCACAUUUCAAUUGAAUUGAUUGGUAGAGAUCGACCGGGGCUGCUCUCGGAGAUAUUUGCAGUGCUAACUGACCUGAAAUGCAACAUUGUGGCUGCUGAAGUUUGGACUCAUAAAUUGAGAAUGGCAUCUGUGGUCUAUAUCACAGAUGAAGCCACCGGAGGACCAAUCGAUGACUCUGACCGACUAACAAAGAUCAAGCAGCUUCUUCGCUAUGUGCUUGAGGGAAACAAGGAAAAGCAAAGUGCCAAAACUGCAAUUUCUAUUGGAAUGACUCACACCGAGCGGCGGCUGCAUCAGAUGAUGUAUGAUGAUCGCGAUUAUGAUAGGAAUGAUUCUUCGGUUGUCGAUGAGGCCAAGGAUGACAAAAUCAAGCUAGUUGUUACGGUCGAAAACUGUGUAGAGAGAGGGUAUACUGUGGUGUAUGUGAGAAGCAAAGAUCGGCCAAAACUGCUCUUUGACACAGUGUGCACUCUAACAGAUAUGCAGUAUGUUGUGUUCCAUGCAACUGUUAUUUCUGAAGGGCCAGAAGCUUAUCAGGAAUACUACAUUAGACAUAUUGAUGGCUGCCCUGUAAGCUCUGAAGGAGAGAGGCAAAGAUUGAUUCAUUGCUUAGAAGCUGCAAUCAAACGGAGAAGCACAGAGGGUUUAAGGCUUGAGCUCUGUAGCGAAGAUCGAAUCGGACUGCUAUCGGAUGUGACCCGCAUAUUCAGAGAGAAUGGGCUUUCGGUUAUUCGAGCCGAGGUCUCAACCAGGGAGUCUCAAGCCAUGAAUGUCUUUUAUGUAACUGAUGCAUCUGGAAGUCCAGUUCAGAGCCAGAUAAUUGAAGCUGUGAGGAAUGAAAUUGGUGAAACAGUGCUGUAUGUAAAGGAUGAUGAGUGUUCUAAGUCUCCAUUGCAGGAGAGUGGAAAGUUCUCUCUUGGAAACCUCUUCAGAUCUCGGUCUGAAAAGUUCCUUUGUAACUUGGGCUUUCUAAGAUCUUCCUCUUAAUUAUUGUUAGUUUUAUUUAGGAUGUUUAAGCUAUAAGCUUCUCAUCAGAGUAUGAUUAUAAGGCUUGUGUUGCUCAACAUGAUGUUGAUCAUAGCUUAGUUGCUUCUGUACAUAUCUGUGAAGUGACUGAACUGGUUCCUACAUCUCAAAUGAAAAAAAAAAAAACUUGGUUGCCUUCUCUUAGCUGAA